AUGGGGAGCACGUUCGGCGAGCUGGGGUAUUCGUGCGCGAUAAACGUGGCGGUGCUGGCGGGCAUGCUGGUGGCGUACACGAUCCUCUCCAAGCAGCCGCUCAACGCGCGCGUCUACUUCACCAAAUGGUUCUCCAUCGACGACCGGGGGGCGCAUGAGGGGGCGCAUGAGGGGGCGCAUGAGGGAGCACAUGAGGGGGCACAUGAGGGGGCGCAUGAGGGAGCACAUGAGGGGGCACAUGAGGGGGCACAUGAGGGGGCACAUGAGGGGGCACAUGAGGGGGCACAUGAGGGGGCACAUGAGGGAGCACAUGAGGGGGCACAUGAGGGGGCGCAUGAGGGAGCACAUGAGGGGGCACAUGAGGGGGCACAUGAGGGGGCACAUGAGGGGGCACAUGAGGGGGCACAUGAGGGGGCACAUGAGGGGGCACAUAAGGGAGCACAUGAGGGGGCACAUGAGGGGGCGCAUGAGGGAGCACAUGAGGGGGCACAUGAGGGGGCACAUGAGGGGGCACAUGAGGGAGCACAUGAGGGGGCACAUGAGGGGGCACAUGAGGGGGCACAUGUGGGAGCACAUGAGGGGGCACAUGAGGGGGCACAUGAGGGGGCACAUGAGGGGGCACAUGAGGGAGCACAUGAGGGGGCACAUGAGGGGGCGCAUGAGGGAGCACAUGAGGGGGCACAUGAGGGGGCACAUGAGGGGGCACAUGAGGGGGCACAUGAGGGAGCACAUGAGGGAGCACAUGAGGGGGCACAUGAGGGGGCACAUGAGGGGGCACAUGAGGGGGCACAUGAGGGAGCACAUGAGGGGGCACAUGAGGGGGCACAUGAGGGGGCACAUGAGGGGGCGCAUGAGGGAGCACAUGAGGGGGCACAUGAGGGGGCACAUGAGGGGGCACAUGAGGGGGCACAUGAGGGGGCACAUGAGGGAGCACAUGAGGGGGCACAUGAGGGGGCACAUGAGGGAGCACAUGAGGGGGCACAUGAGGGGGCACAUGAGGGGGCACAUGAGGGGGCACAUGAGGGAGCACAUGAGGGAGCACAUGAGGGGGCACAUGAGGGGGCACAUGAGGGGGCACAUGAGGGGGCGCAUGAGGGAGCACAUGAGGGGGCACAUGAGGGGGCACAUGAGGGGGCACAUGAGGGGGCGCAUGAGGGAGCACAUGAGGGGGCACAUGAGGGGGCACAUGAGGGGGCACAUGAGGGGGCACAUGAGGGGGCACAUGAGGGGGCACAUGAGGGGGCACAUGAGGGGGCACAUGAGGGAGCACAUGAGGGGGCACAUGAGGGGGCACAUGAGGGGGCGCAUGAGGGAGCACAUGAGGGGGCACAUGAGGGGGCACAUGAGGGGGCACAUGAGGGGGCACAUGAGGGAGCACAUGAGGGGGCACAUGAGGGGGCACAUGAGGGGGCGCAUGAGGGAGCACAUGAGGGGGCAUCGCAGAGGAGAGGGCGGUUGACUGCAGGGCCAUCACCAUCCCUCUCAUCCCACCCACCCACCCCUCCCUCCCCCCCUCCCUCCCUCCCUCCCAUCCCACUCGCGUUGUGCGUGGGCGCUCUACAGGAAGCAGCGGAGAAGUACGAGAAGGUGAAGAUGAAGGGCAACGUGGUGAAGCGCCGCCAGUGGCUCAACCUCUCCCUGCGCUCCUACCGCCACGCCUUCUCCUGGGUCGCCGUCGCCCUCGCCAUGCCCGAGCGCGAGCUCAUCGCCCAUGCCGGGCUGGACAACGUGGUCUUCCUGCACACGCUCAAGCUGGGGUGCGUGCGUGUGGGUGGCACACGCUCAAGCUGGGGUGCGUGCGUGUGGGUGGCACACGCUCAAGCUGGGGUGCGUGCGUGUGGGUGGCACACGCUCAAGCUGGGGUGCGUGCACCCUUGGUUCUCGUUUCCCCCGACAUGUCUCCUUGCUUCGUCCUUCAUCUCUCGUGCCUCUCACUUUGUUUCAUCCUCCCUUCUGCACCCGGCCCACCCCUCCUCCUCUCUCCCCCUCCCUUCUCCCCUCCCUCCUGGGACGGCAGCACCAGGUAACACGUCCCACGCCGAGACCUCUCUGCCACGUACCCACCAGCCCUUGUCCUUUCUCACGCCCCCCCUCCCCUGCUCUCCCAACUCACUCCCCCCCUCGCCCGACAGCUUCAAGAUUUUUGGGCCAAUCCUGAUAGUGGCGGCGGCCGUGCUCAUGCCCGUGAACUACCUGGGCGGGUGGCUGCAGCAGCAGGCGCAGAGCGACCCCGACCUCUACUACAGCGCUGUGGACCAGCUCUCCAUCGCCAACAUCCCCAACCAGUCCUCGCUGCUGUGGGUGCACGUGGCGAUGGCGUGGCUGUUCAACGCGUGGGCGCUCUACAUGAUGCGUGUGUUGGUGCGGCAGGUGCCGAAGCACCCAAUCAAGACCGUGCCGGAGCAUGUGGACCACUUCUUCUCCGUCAACCACCGCGGCCACUACCUGCUCACCCAGCCAGUGUACAACGCGAACCGGGUGGCGCGGCUGGAGAAGAGGCGCGGCAAGCUGGAGAACAAGCUCACGGAGCUGCACAUCAAGCUCGAACGCUUCCCCAAUAAGCCGCUCACCGUCCGGAUGGGGUUCAUGGGGCUGGUGGGGGAGAAGGUGGAUGCGGUGCAGCACUACCAGGACAAGCUCGAAGAGAUAUGUGACGAGAUCAUAGCGGAGCGGGAGCGCGUGAUCAGCGACCCAGCCAGCACCAUGCCAGCGGCCUUCGUCUCCUUCUCCUCGCGCUGGGGCGCAGCCGUCGCCGCUCAAACCCUGCAAUCAAAGAACAGCUCGCACUGGAUCACACACUGGGCGCCGGAGCAGCGCGACGUCAAGUGGAGCAACCUGCCCAUCCCCUACGAGCAGCUGGCUGUGCGCCGCGUGCUCGUGCUGCUGGCGGCGGCGUCGGUCGUCUUCUUCUACACCAUCCCAGUGGGCUUCGUGCAGUCGCUGGCGAAUCUCGACAACAUCAGCCGCUACAUGCCGUGGCUGCAGCCCAUCCUCAGCAUCCCCGUGGUGAACGCACUCAUCACUGACAUCCUCUCGGGCCUCGCCCUCAAGCUCUUCAUGGCGAUACUGCCCUAUCUCCUCAUCUUCCUGGCGUCCCUGGAGGGCCACGUGAGCCUGUCACAGAUCGACCUGGCGGCCACCGGCAAGUACUUCUGGUUCAUCAUCGGCACCGUCUUUGUCACCAACGUCAUGGGGGGCGCGCUCAUGUCCGCUACCUACGACCUUUCCGAGCACACCACUAGCAUACCGCAGAUCCUGGGGGCGCGCAUCCCCAUGAAGGCCACGUUCUUCAUGACCUUCACCAUGGUGGACGGGUGGGUGGGCAUGGGGGGAGAGGCGCUGCAGGUCUGGUACCUGCUGCUCUUCCAACUCAAGAGUUCGCUGCUGGUGCGCACGCCAGCCGACAGGAUAAAGGCCAUGAAGGCACGCCCCCUCCGACUCGUCGACACGCUCUCGCAGGUGGAGCUCUACUUCCUGCUGCCCUUCGUCUACUGUGUCACCAACCCGCUCUACCUGCCCUUCGCCCUCGCAUUCUACAUCCUCGCCUUCGUCAUUUACCGCAACCAGAUAAUCAACGUGUACUGUCCACGGUACGAGAUGGCGGGGGCGUUCUGGCCACACUUCCACGCGCGGCUGGUGGCGGCCAUGCUGGUGCAGCAGGUGACACUGGGCGGCAUCCUCUCGCUCAAGGACGCGCCCACGCAGGCGUGCUGCCUCAUCCCGCUGCCGUUUGUCACCAUCAUCGUGCACUGGGCGUUCAUCCGCGGCCAGUUCCACAGCACCUUCUCCAAGCUCGCCCUCGAGGAGGCGAAUCGCAAGGACACAAUAGACCGCACUGUGCACCCCAACGAGGACCCGCACUCCUUCCUCGCACGCGCCUACCUGCAUCCCUCGCUGCAGUCCGCCUUCACCAUGCUGGAUGGCGAUGAGGAGGAGGGUGGUGCAGGCGGUGACAACUCCUCUUCCUCCUCCGAUGAUGAUGAUAAGGACGGGGAUGAAGAGGGUGGCGGGAAGAAGUCAAAGCAUGCCGACCGGCACGCACAAACUCGUCUUGUGCCGGUGAAGCGGCAUCCAUUUUCCAGCAGUGCGCAGGCCUCUCCUGCUGUGCGAAUGGGUUCGGAUGGGUUGGAAGCGGUGGCGGGCACAAGCCCUCCUGCACACCUCCGUCCCAGGAGUGUGUCGGACGGGCCUGGGAGUUCAGCUUCAGCUGCUGCGGCUGCCGUGUCUGCAGUGACCUCUGCUGCUGCAGCUGCGGCUUCUGCUGCCUUUGCCGCCGCUCGCAGUGCCGCCAGCAGUGGCGCUGCUGCCUUCAGUGCUGCCAGCUCAGGCCGUGUGGCUGCUGAUGCUGACGCCAGCACCCACACACCCCAUGCCAUUCCACCCGCAAGCCGCGACCGGUCCAGUGAAGCCUCGCCGUACCACUCAUGUGAGCUCGUCUCAGUUGUUGUCGACGGCCCCGAGGACGUUUCCCAGAACGUUCCUCUCUCCGCCUCCUCUGCAGCACAUCCUGUGGGUGAUGCGGUGGUGCAAAGGGGAGCAGCAGCAGCCAGUGAGGGGAUGACAGGUGGCAGCAGGGGGGAGAGGAAGCCGUCUCCGCAAACAGCCGGGACAGAGCCGCUCUUGGCAGGCGGGGGUGGGGGUCGGGGUGGGGAGAGCAGUGGGAUCGGAAAGGCGGUUGGCGUGCCCGUGUUUAGAUUAUGA